AUGGGAAAAAAAGAUAAAGGGAUGCACAAUCCUAUGGAAGAGUAUAGAAAAGAAAUUAAAAAAAAAGAAAUUAAUAAAAAGAAUCAAGAUAAAUUAAAAACAAAAGAAAAAGAAUAUUUAAAACAAGAUCCACAACAGUUACAAUUAGAAUUAAAAAAAUUAGAUAAUUCAGAAAAGAAUAAAGUAAAGAAAAAACAAAUUCAAAAUGCAUUAGAUAUUUUAUUAAAAAAAAAAAAAGUAGAGAAUGAUGAUGAUGAUGAUGAUGAAGAUGAUUAUAAAAAUAAUGAAAAAAAUAAAAAAUUAGAACAAUUAAAAUUAAAAGAUAAGUUACUUGAGGAUGCAAUUAAAAAAUAUGGACCACCUGAGGAAUCAAUUUAUUAUGAUCCAAUUUUAAAUCCAUAUGGAAUACCUCCACCAGGUUGUCAAAAUAUUAGGAAAAAACCAGCAGCACCAACAGAAACAACUUUUAAUAAUAUUAAUACAGCAACAUCAAAACCAAUACCGUCUUAUGGAAGAGGAUUACCAAUAAAUAAACAAAUGGCAAGUAUACCAAUGGGUAUGCCAAUGGGUAUGCCACCAGGUAUGCCACCAGGUAUGCCACCAGGUAUGCCACCAGGAAUACCAAUGGGUAUGCCAAUGGGUAUGCCAAUGGGUAUGCCAAUGAGUAUACCACCACCUUAUAUAAUUCAUCAAAUGAUGAUGAUGAAAAGACCACCAAAUGUAAAUAAUAAUGCACCACCACCUCCUUUAGGAUUUAUACCACCACCCCCUAUUCCUCAAUUUUUAGUACCAAAAUCAAACAUUCAAACAAAUAUUAAUAAAAAGGAAUCACCAAAAUCAACAACAACAACAACAACAAAUAGUAAUAAUAAUAACAAUAAUAAUAAUAAUAAUAAUAACCCAAUUUCAACCACAUUAGAAUCAACUACAUCUACGUCCACAACAACAGAAGAAAUAUUGGAUAGUUCUAGAUCAACAUCAAUAUCAACCUCAACAACUACUACAACUUCAAAUAAUAUAAAAGAAACAACAGCGACAAAUGAACCAACAAAUGAAGAAGUAGAAGAAGGAUUUGAUGAUUUCAUGAAUGAAAUUUCAGGUGUAUAA